CCAUGACCCUGCGCUCCGCCGAGUCCCUGGAGAGCGCGGAGAGCUCCGGGGAGCGCUGGGGGCACCCCGGGGCGGCGGCGCCCGUUGCCGAGGAGUCCCGUGAGGCGGAGCAGCUGGCCGCGGCUAUGGAGGAGCUGCGGCGGGCAGGCUGGUACUGGGGCAACAUGACUGUUGCUGAAGCCAAAGAAAGAUUACAGGAUGCCCCCGAAGGGACCUUUUUGGUUAGGGAUAGUUCACAUUCAGAGUAUCUACUAACUAUAUCAGUAAAAACAUCAGCGGGACCGACCAACCUACGUAUAGAAUAUCAAGAUGGCAAGUUUAGACUGGACUCUAUCACUUGUGUCAGAUCUAGACUUAAACAGUUCAACAGUGUUGUCCAUUUGAUUGAGUACUAUGUUCUUAUGUGCAAGGACAGAACUGAAACACCUUCAAAUGGAACAGUUCAUCUUUACUUGAACAAACCCCUCUAUACGUCUGCUCCAUCUCUGCAACACCGCUGCAGGAUAGCUAUAAACAAGAGCACAAAUCAGAUUUGGGAGCUGCCAUUACCAACAAGACUGAAAAAGUACUUGAAAGAAUACCAAUACCAGGUAUAAAUAUAUUUUCUAAAUGCCUCUAACACAGAGUAACUUUUGAAUGCAAUUCUUAAAAUCAGGCAAAGAACUGAGUAACCAGUUGUACAACUCGGCAUGGAAUUCACUAUCAAAACAGUGGCAGUUAUGGGGGGAAGGUUUUUUUUUCAGAUGCUACAAAGGGAGACUUUAUGUAAAAUAAUCCCAGUGUGCACCCUUGGGGGUUCAACAAGGUGGCAUGCUAUUCUUGCAAGGAGAGAGAAGCCAGGAAUCUGUCCAGAUUGUGUUGCUUUGUCAAUAAAAUGCUGCAUUAUCAAAUGCUUACUGAAGCAGUGGGACCGGCAGAGACUGCGUAAGUGGUCAGAGAUGUGUGAGAGUUCACAAGUAUCUCAGUUGUCUGAUUCCAAGAUUAAUUUGGUGCUGGUGUUCAUAUAAUCCUAAAAGCUUAACUAGAUCACACUGUGAUAAUCUUGCUAAAGUUAUGCAACUAAUCAAAUCCAGUCAGAAAAGUGAUCAUGUAUUCAGUUUUUAUUGAACUAUUCUCCUGCUUUUCUGCAAGCAAAGGAGUACUGUAAGUAAUCAGUCUACAAUAUUGUUUUUCAAAGUUCUCUGAAAGCUGACCUUAAGAAGAAAUGCAACAUCUUUCACAGGAACCCAGUAUACUGCUGACAAUACCAGAUUGGUAUCCCAGAAUCCUUAACAUGUUAACAUCUUCACAGUGGUUAUGUAUCCAUGCUAUUGCUAUUAAGCCUCUUUUGGUUGAGGCUUUCGAACUGUAUGCUUCAGACUUGCAGUUCCAAUGUCAAAACAUGGAUAUCAGCAGUUACAGCUGUCUUCUACAGUGUAGAAUGUUUUCUUUAGCCUGUUUCCCAAAAUAUGGGGAAAUAAGAUGUGGAUUUUUUGGUUGUUUUUGAGGGGGUUGGUUUUCUUUUCUUUUUUUUUUUUUUUUUUACUUCCCAUUCACUAUUGUAGAUAUCAGAUGAUUACUCAAUAAAAUAAAUCAAAUUGCACAACAAUUUCCCAAUCUUUGUAUGUAUGGAUUCAGGAAACUGUGCUCUUAUAUAGCAACUUACAUAAUUUCCCAGCUAAUACUCAGAUAAAUGCACAUGUAACAGUGAGGAUGAAUACCCCUGCUUUGCCUUUGUGGUGCUGCUCGAAAGUAUAGCUGGAUUAAAUUCAGAUUAGCAGUUUAGAGGCUGCUUGCUGAAUUCCUGUAGUUAGGUAUUAGCAUAGGACAUAGCUUUUUCUGUUAUGGUAGUCUUCCAAACAGGAACAUGGGACUAAGAUCCUCAGUAUCCAUUCUUCAGUCUAAAUGUAAACUAUUUAAUAGAAGAAAUACACAGAAUGAGAAUAAUAGGAGAGCAGUAAAGAGAGAAACAAAGACAUAGACUCAUCCUUAGUCAACAAAUUAAGAGUUUUAAUUUUUUCCCUAGCUUAUUUGUUAAUUAAAGCAAAGACCUGUGCUUGAACAAGGAGGGUUGUCAAGACUUGCUGUAAUCUAGCUUUGCCCAGGCUGAAAUAGAAACAACAUAAAAUAACCUUGUUUUCCUUGUGACUUAACAGCGCUGUUGUACUGUCAAGAUGUUCUGUCCCUUCUCAUAAACUCUGGGGCACUGACCAGCUUAUAUGCUGCAUCAAAACUCCCAGUGUUACACACUCAGUUUUGUCUGUAACAUGCUGGCAGAAAAGAGUAGCAGAGCCAUUGAGAAAAAGAAGGCACCAAGAACCAGAGGCAGAGUGGACGGUUCCUUGGUAUGACAUGUUCUUGACAUGUUCUUGUUCUUUCUGUGGAAAAGGUGUGUUCCUCCUCCUCCAUGGCUUAAAUUUUCUGUCCCCAUUUUCAAUCCAAGCUUUAGUAUAGAAAUGAGGGGAGUUUUCUUCUGAAAAACAAAUCAAAAUAUUUUGUUAUGUAAAAUUUUCCCCAUGUCCUGCCAAAAUAUAUUUGGAAGUUUUUCACAUUACCCACCCUUUGGUUCCCACACCUGAAGAGCGCUUGUAUUUUACGUAUGUGUCAUAAUCACACAGUCCUUGUUAUCAGUCUUGCUAGGAUCUACCACCCUCAGGCUGAGGAGGUAUUCCUGCGAGCAGAACCUGUCAAAAAACUGUGUUCCUGUGAACCCUUUUCAUUCCGAUGAUUCUUACAUCUUCCGAUGUAAGAAUCUUUUCUUACAGUUCCUGUCUAGCUCUACCUUGUGGUGAGAGAACUGCUAUACAGAAUAACCUCCGUCACAGUCACAAACACUCUAAUCUGCUGCUGUGUUAACAUUCUACUACUGUGCUUUUUCAGCCAGGGUGACAUGCUUGGGGUCUCAAUGGUAAACACAUUGUACUAAGGACCUUUAAAAAAAAUCCCUGGGGAUUUAAAAUCAUGAAGACCAGUGCUGGAGCAAGUAGACUGAGCAGAUAAAGAGCUGUGAGGUGCAAUGAGACUGCUAUGUUGCAAAUAUAAGAAAUUAUUUAUGGCUUGCUGCUGGCAGACUGUGCAAGCAGUCACAGGCCAAGUGUAGCCCACAGCAGAGCCAAGCUCUGAGGAACAACAGGGGGCAGAUGCAGGGAAGCUAGCUGUUUUUUUAAUAACAGUUCUCCAAAGCACAAGGGCAAAUGGCAGGCUGAGGACAAGGAGUGCUGGUAAAGUGAAAGGAGGUGACUCUUGUAACUAAUCAAAAUUAGUUACUGAGAUGUGGAAUCAAGUCACCAAACAUUGAGCAUAGUUCCUGUGGGGAAAAGAAGGGUCUGUAACUAUGGAGUGCUCAAAGCUGUGAACAAUAUUUUAAACAGACUGGAGGGGGAACUAGUCAUCUUUGUAUGAAAGCACAGUUCUUGUCCUCAUUAGGAUGCCAGUCCUCGGGUUGAUGCAUUGCACGAGUAAAACUAAACCACAGUAUAGCUUACUGAAAGCUCAGCUUCUUUCUAAUACAGCACAGAGGAAUGACUUGUUCUGGUACAAAAAAUCUGAUGAUAGAACAUGAUUAGAUUUCAGCGGUACAAAGAUCUGGCAUAUAGACUUUGUGACUUCUCAGACAUGAUCAUGUUGUUCAAACACUUAAAAAAAUUCUAGUGCCUUUUUUCUUUUCUUUAUGGAUGUUGUAGCUCGUUUGCAGCACUAGCUUUUAAAUUGCUGGCCCUUCAAAUUAUAAAAAUUACUUCUAACUGAUAUAUAUCAUAUUGAAUUGCUAGUACAGACUGUUCAGAAAGCCAGUUUCACAGGUUCAAUGCCCAUGAGUCAACCAAAAAUCAUGGUAAGGACUUUAAUCCUAAGCCUUUUUUUCACUCCAUGUGUUGGUUUGGUUCUUCUUUUUUGAGUCUUGGGGUUUCAGAUUUUCCAGUUUAUACCUGAAAUGUCAGUUGCUGAAAACCUCUUCACUUUAAUUGAAGGAUAACUGAGAAUCCUACAAUCAUAAAAGGCGAUGCUUAAAAAAACCAACCAAAACAAACAUAAUUGCAAGAUGAAUGAUGAAAAUGGAAUUGGUGAUGGUAUUUAGUUGAGCACUAGACCAGAACUGUGAACUAGGGCAGCAUUUUAGUUGUAUGGGUAUCUUCCUGCCGGUAGUAUUAUCACCAGAGACAGAAAAUAGCUUGAGUACAAGAUGAAUGAGUAGAGCGGGAAUGUGACUAAGCAGCUGCGCCCAGUGCAUUAGAAGUAAUUUUAUUUUAAUCUGAUCUUGUCAGUAUUGCCUUAAUUAUAUUUUAUGUAACCACAUUCGAUAAACAAUAUAUAAUUAUUAGCAAGAAGGAAAAAUUGUUCACUAGAAUAUGGGGGGCAGAGGGUUUUUUAUAUAUUAAAACAAUGAGGAAUUUACUCCUUCACUAGAAAUGGUGGAGAUUUAUAACCUGAGACACUUACUAAGUCUCAUCACCUUGAGAAAACAGAAUUUACAUCUGACAGGGAGAACAGGGUUCUGUAGUUGCAUGAAUUUCUGUACCUUAGCCACUCUCAUGUUUUAGAAAAAUGUUCCUGCAGGUAAGUUACCUUGUUAAAGAUUGUUUAAAAAACUUUAUUUACUUACAUGCUCUAUUCAAGAGCUUUUUCUUGUAUUCCUGAUAACAAUCCUAUUGAUUUUUCCUUUGGCUAUAACCUUAGGCUCUAGUGGAAAGUAAGUCAAGUGGUAUCAGGGCUUUGCUCUCCUUAAGCCAAAACAUAUAAUGGAUAUGGGAAGAGAUAUUUUUAGACAUGGAUAUCAUGUCUAAGAGUCAUUUAAAAUAAAGUAAAAUAAAAAUUCUGCUUACUUUGCAGUCAUUAAAAUAAAUCUUAUUUAUCAUAUUUACUGCUAGAGGAAACAAUGGCUUGAGGGAUUCUAAAAAUUUUAUUGGUAAUUCUUGAUAAUAAUAAAAAACUUUGUUGAAAGGAGAAUUUUUAUUUUAAAAAUGAAGAAAUUAAUGAAACUUUUACUAUCUAAACAAAAAAAUUUCCAAACAGAAUAACUGGAAAUUAGUUGAAAGGUCUGAGCUGGUUAGCUCUGUAUACACAAAGGAAGUGGGGAUGACAAGCUCCUUCGGUAUCUCAGCCUAGCUCCUGAAAACCACUUCUCUGUUAGCAUUAGAUUUAGCAGGUCUCAGUAUUUUGCUAAGCCAUUAGCACGAUUGAAAAUGCCUGGAAACAGCAUUCCACUGACACGUAACUUCAGUCACCACGGUCUGAGCUCACUUUACAACACAUCAAUUUGCCACGGUAUUGCUAAAAUUGGGUUGUUUCUACAAUAGGCUGAGUAUCAGUCAAAGGAACUGGGAGGCAGUGGGUGCUGCCCGGGGCCAUGAAGGGUAUCAGGUGCUGACCAUCACUGUUCCUUAUCCCCUGUCUCAGACAGAGGGUACACUACAAGCUAGGUGAAACACAGCUGCCAGGAACAAGAUGAGAAAUUAUUUGCUUUCUGAUGAGGGAAUUACUUGUCUGGCUUUCAUGUCUGAGAAGGGAAAGGACAUGGAAAAGCCAGCAGCUCCUGUGAGAGGUGGCACUUCUCAUAAGGAGUAUCAAAUAACUAACCACCAGGAUGAGUACAGUGCUGAAAGGUGUAUUAGUAGAGAUUAAAGGUCUAUGGGAAUAACUAGUAUCGGUACAGUUUGAAUCCACAUAUAGACAAAGUCUGGCUAGAUAACUCAAUUUUGAGAAAAAGAAAAUUAGCUUAUAGCAAACUCAGUCUCUUCUGGUGCCAGGGUUACCAAGCAGGAGAGGGAUUAACUGUGUUAUUAAUCAGGUUAUCUACAGGGCUUUAAAGUAGCCAGUGCCUCUGAGAAAGUGGCAAAAAUUAUGCAAAAAUAUACCACCAUAAUUAUGCUUAAUCUGUUAAUUUGUUUAAUCUGCUUGAUAAAUUGUGUAUUUUAUUCUACUUAGACUCUUUUUAAAAAGGGAUUGCACCUGUGUUUCAUUUUGUUUUCUUCCAAUUGGAAGAAUUGGAGCCAUUAUUUUUCCAGGAACUGACAUACCAAAAUAAUACCACUCCUUUCUAUGGUAUUAAGGAGGAAUAUAACGCUGGAGCAAAAGCAAUUUAUAUCAGCAAAAGGAACGAGCUGGCAUUUAGUAGGAAAAACUUCAAACAGACAAUAUCCAGGAAAAGUUUAGUAGUGAGUGCUGCAAAGAACAAAAUGCAGUAAAAAACCCCAAACAAACAAAUUCAAUGCUUCUGUCUUGAUUUUUCUUUCACUGGAGGGCAGGGUUUAUCUAAGUAAUCCUUUUGAUUCCAGUCAAAUUGUUCUGAAAUUGAUGUUUCAUAGAUGAGGUUUGCAAUUUGGUGCUCUGUUGGUUAACAAAUAAUAAGUGCAGAGGUAUGUUAGACAUUGGGAAAGAUUCAAAGCCCGGUGCAAAUUCUUCUUUUGAAGUUAUUUGGUUGAUAACAGGGUUGAUAACAGGAGUUUUAUGAAAAAUAGUUGUAAAUCUGGUAGCUGAAAGCCGCAAAAAUCCCCUUUCAAAAUGCUUUGUUACAAUUUAACUGUAUCUCUUUAGGUUGCAGCCCUGAAAUAGAAUCUGUUCAGCUGAGUCGCUGUACCCCCACUCUGCCUCAGGGAGAAUGUCCAGAUUUGAGAGAUUGCUCUGGACACCUAUAUUAGAUACAUUUGGUUUUUUCUUACCCAGGGUGCUGUUUGACACAUCUGGAGGGCAGAAAAAGUUGUGGAUCAACUCUUACCAUUCAAGGGAUUUUGAGUUGGUUCAUUUUCUGUAGGAAGAGCACUAUUAAAGACUGAGCUGCAAUUUAUCUAUCUAUAAAGUGGGUGGUGGACUCAACAUUCCGUGAUUUCCCAGCAUGGGGUGAAUAGUGGCUUAUACUUCAAUUAACACUGAUAGAAACUUAAGCUGCAAUGAGGGCAAUAUCUUUGACUGGCUGCACUGUUAAAAAGAGAGAAGGAAGGAAGUUAGGAAAGUGAGAUCCUUGCCUAACUAGACUGCAGUGGAUGUGGCACAGCUCCUUCCUGAAGUGUUUCAGACAUGGUUGUCUGUGUGGGAAACUGCUUGUGAGAAGAUAACUGUUUUCUGGAAAGUCACGUUUCUUUUAACUUCCCUGACAGAGGAUGCAGUGCCUACUGCAGGAUGCUUCAUUAGCCUGCAUGCAGGCAGGUUUCAUUUUGAAAGGGAACAAAAUAGAUCAAGUGAAUUUUUAAUCUAAGGGUAUUUUUUGUUUGAAAACAGGACAUAUGGGAAAAAUAUAAGCAGUGGCAAAUCUCUUGCCAGGCUACCUGUAAAAACUUUCCAUGAAUCAUCACUAGCUCCUGAAGUUUAACCUUAAAGUAAGAACCUUUCAAAAUAUAGGUAUUGUAUAUGAGUUUAUCUGUUCAAAUCUUGGGAAAGCAGCAGCAGAUUACAAAAAGCAAUAGCUAUUCUCCCCCUAAAUAAAACCAACCUUCCAAUCUUUUAUCUAAAAUGUUAGAAAACCAUUUCAUAUGCUGUAAUUUGCAAGUAAAGUAAGUUUGUUUUGUGAAAAGGUUUCAGACUUGAAUCUUAAAUUUAGAUUAUUAAUUUGCCAAUGUUUGAUUUUCAGGUUAAUUAGUGAAUUUUCUUUGUUUGUUCUCACAUUAAUAAAAGGGUGCUUUACAUUUAAAAAUAAUUUCAUAAGUCUGGAAUAAAGAGGCUUGCAGUAUUUCAUCUGUCUCCUCAAGGAAUCUUUAAAUUAAACUUAACAACAAAGAACUAUAUUAACUCAUAUAUUUAAGGGACUAAAAAUUUUGAGGAAUACUGAGUCAUGUUCUGCAAGUAUUAAUUGCAAGUUUUUUAUUACAAUUCACUGGAUUUUUUUUACGAAAUGUAUACAAAAGUUUUGCAUUUGAUGCCUGCUUCCUUUUUAUAACUAUUCCCCAUUCAACUUUUUGCUAGGGAUUAUUUGUAUCAUAGUAAACAGCACUAAGAAUUCAUUGUACUGCUAAUAAACACUUAUUUUUAUUAUUGCAACAAAUUUAAAUGUAUACAUACUACAGAGUCACUUUAAACCCCAUGUUUUAAGAUGCUUUAAAACUUUCUGUGCUAUAUUUUACCUUCAUGCUGGACACGCUUUUUAAUAAAAUACUACUUUUAAGGAAGUUCAUGAUGUGUCACCUACAUUUGACACUAACUCCUCUCUUUGACCCGCA